AUGUCUGAUUCAACCUCUGAUUCCCCGAUUCUCGAAAAUACUCAGAUUCAAUGGAAUCACCCGAAAAAUCAGCCUCAUAAGCAAGGCAUAUUGACGCCAAGGAACAUCAGUAACCAGAUUGCUGAUAAUUUUCUCAAGCACUUGGAAGAUAAUGAUGCUUCGAGCCUCGAAGUUCGAGGCACAUGCUUGGUUGCCUGGAAAGACAUCAACAACAUCCACUGGCUCCGCAUAUCCGCUGUGUUGAUUAUUGACGCAUGUCCUGUAUACGCGUGCAACGUGCGCCAUAACUUGGGUUCUCAGGCUUCCGAGUUCUUGGGUAAGGCUAGUAACCUCGGAUGCCGAGUGGAGCAAUUUGGCCAUUACCGAGCUGUGGAUCAUGCGUUUACUCAUAACUAA